CGUUUGAAGCAGUAACCAGCUAGAAACUACAUAAAAUCAACAUGACCGGACGCGGUAAAGGAGGAAAAGGUCUUGGAAAAGGAGGAGCCAAACGUCAUCGUAAAGUACUGCGUGAUAACAUCCAGGGAAUAACCAAGCCCGCCAUUCGUCGGUUAGCUCGUCGUGGUGGAGUGAAACGUAUCUCCGGUUUGAUCUACGAAGAGACCCGCGGUGUUUUGAAAGUAUUCCUGGAAAACGUAAUCCGUGAUGCCGUAACAUACACCGAGCACGCCAAGAGGAAAACCGUUACAGCCAUGGACGUCGUCUAUGCCCUUAAACGUCAAGGCCGUACAUUGUACGGUUUCGGCGGUUAGAGUGUACGCAUAUUAAUACCAUGUAACAACAUUUAUUAAAAAGGCCCUUUUCAG